UCAUGUAGCGGAGUCAUCAUCAUGGUCAGGUUCAGGGGUAUUUGUUUGUUUCUUGGGAAAUAUUGUCUUUCUUUCAAACAAAAAGUCGUUGGACCAAAUAACUGGUUCAGUGUGGCAAGAAUGAAGCUGAAAGGACAACGAAGUUGAAAGGACAAGGUGGGCGCUAAUUGCCGUCGGCUCGAGGGGGUUGCUUACAAUUUAGUGAUGUGAAUUGUGCAAAUUCCUUUCUCUCUUUUUUUAAAGUGCUUUGUAUACUAGAGAUGGCUUGCGAGCGUGAGGAGGUUGUCGUGGAAGGCAAGUGUCUGAUACAUUGGGCGGGGGAUAAAUGGUAGGAGAGGAGGAGGAGUGGAAGGUAGGAAGAGGCGGGAUGAAGGAUGGAGGUUGGAGGAUGGAGGAUGGAGGAUGGUGGGCGAGGGAUGGGAGUGCAGGUUCACAAGGGCUGCUCGGGUCGAAUGAAGGAAAGGGGAACCAGAAAAGAGAGAAGGCACAAAGAAGCGAAAUCAGAUUCAGAAGCGGGAUCCUAUAAGCACCCUUUCCCUCCUUCAUCACUUCAUCACCUCACGCCUCAUCACUUCAUCACUUCCUUUAGGGCACCACCUUUUUUCGAGAAAACAACAGUGAAAAUGCUCUCGUAUUUGUAUCCUGUAUGCCCAUCCAUCAUUCCACCCUGCUGGCCAUCUUUAGCUCCUAUUGGCAGCCUCUCACAUAUUUUCACAUUUCACAUUUUUAAUUUAGUGCAAUGCAUUUAUUUAUAUUUUUUUGAGCCCAACUCUCUUGCAAAAAACAACAUGAGGCACAAAUAUGUAGACUAUCCUCAAGAGCGGUUUGGUUUGUCUUCAAACAAACGACACGUCCACGAACCGUAGCCAUGAAAUUACAUUUCUGGGUCAACUAUCCAAUGCACUGCUUUUAAAUACAAUUGAGGGUGGUGAGAAUCCUUUGACAUCCCCUAAUAAAGAC